AACUACGUAGCUUUGUUAUUGUCACGUGACCUCUGACGCUUGCACAGCGCCAACUUGUCGAGUUGUUACUGGUAAAUGCUAGAAAUGAUGAAAUAUCUAGUAAUACGUUUUGCUGACGUUUGAUUAAGAGUUAUAUAAGUGAAACUUUAGGUUUUUUAUCAGCGUUAAAUUGUGCUCAGCUGGUUAAACACCUGGCUGACGUUAAAGUUCGCGGUAGCGAAAGUAACUGAACGAGGAAGCGUUUCCAACGAUUGACAGCGCUGACACCCAGCACUUCCUUAUUAAUACAACUCGUAGUCAAGUAGAGGCAGUUUCGAUGCAUCUGAGUCUUUCAAAGCUGAUACUCAGAGAUUGCUAUUUUCAGUAUGCGAAACAGACAGAGGGGAUCCCAGCUGGGCUUGCUGCUCCUUGCCUCCCAGGUGUUUCAACUGGGUCUGAACAAUAUCCCUCCCAUCACUCUGGCUGUCCUGGCUCUCAAUGUGUACCUUUACCUAUUCCCUGCUGCCCCACUGUUUCAGGCCUGUGUUAGUGUGCAGCAGGCCUACUGGUUAAAAGACUGGCGUAGACUCCUGCUGUCCCCACUGCACCAUGCAGACGACUGGCAUCUUUACUUCAACAUGGUGUCCUUCCUCUGGAAAGGUAGAAGGCUGGAGCAACGGCUGGGUGGGCCCUGGUUCCUUUACCUGCUCUCAGUGUUCUCUCUGCUUACUGGACUGGUCUAUCUAGUGUUGGAGGCGUUGUUAACAGAGCUCAUGCAGGACCAGUCGUACAGCAUGGCGUGUGCUGUUGGCUUCUCAGGUGUCCUGUUUGCUUUGAAGGUACUCAAUAACCAUUACUACCCCGGAAGUGUGACCUAUGUGAUGGGAUUACCUGUGUCUAGUCGCUAUGCUAGCUGGGUAGAGCUGGUGCUUAUCCACAUAACAUCACCCGGGUGAGUUACAUGUCCGUAAUUCGUAUCUGUAAAGUAAUGGCUCCGGUUCUGGCUCCGUUCCUCUUCACCAUCUACACUGCAGACUUCUCCCACAACUCCACCCA